AACCUACUACAUUCUCUCUCUCCACCAGACUUAAUUGGGUGGCUCUUACACUUUCCACUCGUCCAUCAUUCUGAAUUGAUAGUGAAGGGAAAACCCACCACCUAAUACUACUAUAACAAACCAUUCUUCGUGUGUAAGUAUCCAAAACCAUCAACUUCCAAUAACUCCUUUUGGAAACUCAAGCAUUCCCUUACUGCUUCUACACUCUAUGAAAUGAUGAGAUCAGACAGAAUGGAAAGCUUAGUAGUUCUUCCCUUCUCUCUAGGCUGCGUGUCUCAUUCCAGCGUCGCAGUAGGAGGCUACAACCUGCAGUCCAAGAGAACAAAAUCAGAACCAAACUCACCUGUAACAAAAGGAAAAGAAGAAAGUGAAGAGAGCUGUUCAUCUGUGGUGGUGAACAUGAAGAACUCUUGGAGUUUUCUAGCGAUUCCAAAGCCCAACAUUUCAAGUGGAGUGCACAGAUUGGUGAAGACUAUCAAAAGUUUCUCUCACUUGUUUGUCUACAAAGAAGAGAUGGAAGAAAGAUCAGAAAUGGAGAUGGAGAUAGGAUUUCCGACGGACGUGAAGCAUGUCACUCACAUCGGAUGGGACGGGACUAAUACGAUGAUCAAACCCGAUCACAAAGGCAGCAGCUGGGAAAAUCUCACAGUCACAGCUCCUCCUCCUCCUGAUCAAUUUCUCUCUUUUCCGAAUUCGAUCUCUCUGAGGCAGUUCGAGCUCGCCAUGGCUGCCCAAGCUGAGGCGCCAUUGUGUGAUCAUCUCACUACUGCUUCCAAGCUUCCUUGAGCUUACUGGUUUGAUCAUGAUGUCUAUAAAUUGCAGUUGCUGGUGAUAAUGAGCAUUAAUGUAAAGGAUUGAAUUGAUCCUAAAAGGUGUGUUGUGGGAUCGAUUUUGCAGAAAAGCUAGAUGUUAAAUAUAUAUAUUAUACCCCACCAAAUCGCACAUAUUGAGAUCCUA